CUCGCGUCGCGUCGCGUCUGGCCAAUAAUGUGCAGCCGUGAACAUCAUUUAAAAAGGAGACAGUCGGGCGCUGCUGCGAUUCAUAUUAAAGCCCCAUCACUGUGUGUGUGUGUGUAUGUGUGUGUGUGUUUGUGUCUAUGGCAUCGGUAUGAGCUCUGUUCAAAUCCUCCGGCAAACUUGAUCAUCUCUUAUACAUUCGGACCUGGAUUUUUUCCCCGGAAAUAAGGAGGAUUGAUCACAUCACCGGAGCGCACUGUCCGACUCCCUUCCUCCAGACACCCUGAUACAUCUGCACUCAUUAAGCCUCUGACAGAAUGACCAGACUGGUGCAGAUCACAUGCGCAGUGCUCUUGCUGUCGGUUCUUGUGUCCUGCGCGGCGGAAUCCAGAGCCACUCAGGGCGCGAUUCCAAACCCGGGCAAGAACAAACCAAACGAGUCGGAGCGACGACAGAGCGGCUCUUCAUCCUCCUCCUCCUCCUCGGGUAGAGUUCGAGGCUCGUCUUCCUCCGCAGAAGAGGUGCUGGAGUCGAGUCAGGAGGCGCUGCACGUGACCGAGCGCCGCUACCUGAAGCGCGACUGGUGCAAGACGCAGCCGCUGAAGCAAACCCUGCACGAGGAAGGCUGCGUGAGCAUCACCAUCCUCAAUCGCUUCUGCUACGGCCAGUGCAACUCCUUCUACAUCCCGCGCCAUGUGCGCAGAGAGGAGGGAGCCUUCCAGUCGUGCUCGUUCUGCAAACCCAGACGCUUCACCACCAUGACCUACACGCUGACCUGCCCCGACCUGCAGCCGCCCACGCGCAAGAAGCGCGUGCAGCGGGUCAAGCAGUGCCGCUGCAUCUCCAUCGACCUGGACUGAAUCCACGAAUCACAUUCUGGAACUUUCUUUCUUUCUUUCUUUCUUUUUUUUUAACGCGUCGGCCUUGAUGCGUUAAGUUCUGACUUGUUUGGAUGAUAAAUACCAAUUUUAUUAAAAGCACAUUUUCAAGAGAGAGAAAGAAAAGAUGAGCACUGAUAUUGCGCAAUCAGAUGAAUUCCAGCCAAACGCGCCGACACGGCCAGAACACGUGUUUCAAACUUUCCAUCAGUUGUUACAGCUUAUUUUCCUGUCGAAUACUCCAAGCCUUAUUUUCCUCACUGUGCACAAACCAAGGCGACACGAAUCCACUGGCAAAACACACAGCACCAUUUCGCAUCAUUUUGGAAUUAUUUGGGACCUUAGGGCCUAAUCAUGUAGUAAUAUGUACCAAUAAUAAUUAAUAAUAAUAUAACUACCAUGUUUGUUUCUGAGUGUGCUGGAAGGUGUGUUUUUCCACCAUGUGGAAAUUAGUGGUGAGCUAAUAAGACAUGUAAAGAAGACUUAUUUAAUAUGAUUAAAUAAGAGCGCUUGUAUAAUAGCAGGUGUAUUAUAUUGUUCGUUUGUUGUGAAAAAACUUUUGUGGACAUUUUUAUCUACCGGUUAUUAUAUAAGAACCUGUGUGAGAAUGACAUCAUCGUAAACACUUAGCAUAUACUUUAUUUAAAAAGAAACAAAAAAUCUUGUAAAAAGGGUACACGUCUUGUUUAUGAUAUACUGAUUGCAGUCCAUUGUGUUUACAAGUCUUUCUACAUGACUGUUUAAUAGGAUUGCUGCUU